AUGUCUUCACCUGGUGUUCCUCCUAUUUCUCACAUAUUCGACUCUAGUGAUGAUAAAUCCAUGCACGAUAGUGCUCAUACCCAGCGUCGUCGCGAUAACUCUAGUAGGAGAAUGAGAACCAUAGACUCCAGCUCUCCCAGAGUUGCAUGCCUUCCACCCGUGAUAUAUCAUAUGUCAUGCUAUGCAAAAUGUGCUAGCUCAAGGUUCAAGCCCUAUCAGCCGGGCAAGCAUGUUCCUACAGCCCUUGAGCACCGUUUCUUGGCGAAAAACAUCCUGAAGCACAAUGAGGCUGAUAUCAGUCUGAUAGAUGUCCAGCAGGGCAAAGAAAUCUUCAAUAGAAGCAUGCAGUACAUGUCAAAUGCGACUCUCCGGUCAGCUGCCAUUGCAAAGCGAGCUGAUGCUGAAAGCAAGUGUUUGCACGCUCUCGCACCAGCGUGGGACCUUGAGUCAACUGAAAGACAUGCUGUACUCCUUCAAAUGAUUCUCAAGGACAAUGCGGAACAUUAUCUUGAUAGCCUUGCAGAGGCAACCUUUUUCGAAUCAGUGAUGGUCAAACGUUCCCACCAGCAGCUCGAAGAUGAUGCAGACUUCACUAUCGCUGCGUAUACUCAUGACAUAACGGCACACAGUAUAGCAGACAAGCAACUUGAUCAUCUAGAAGAGAUUGGUGCUGAGCGGAACUUGUCUUUGGAGGACCCAGUCGGCAUGGAUUCGGAAGAUGUUGAGCAUCGCUUCGAUAAAUACUUGGAUUCCAUCAUAGGAGAGGGGAAUAAUAUGAUCAUGUGUUCUGCAAUAUUGAUCAUGAUUGUAGUUCAAAUGGCAGUACAAACAGACCACCUGGGUAUCAUGCAUGUCAGCGAUGUACAUCCCAUCAUUCCCCUUUCCAAGUAUGUACAACACUAUUUUCCCUCGCAGCAGCAGAAGAAGAAGAAGAGCAGCUUUAUUAGUACUGCAUCAUUGUUCACUACCAUUGACCAGGACAUGGUCAUGAUUCUUUAG